CGAUUAACAUCUUCGUGUGACAAGACAAUUUUUUAAUCGAAGUGUAAAAAUGGAAUCAGAAGAUAUCCUGUGGACUGAAAAUGAGGAAAUUGCGAGUUAUGAGGCGGGCAACACAAUGAUGGACAUCGUCGGAUACAUCGAGUCAGUGGAGGCACUUAGCUCUGUCAAAACAUACCAGAAAUGGAUUUAUAAAAUCAUCCUUAAUAACAACAAAGGCAGUAAAGUACGUGUAGUUUUUUGGAAAGAGAAGGCAUUAGAGUGGAGUUCGAAGCUUACUCUUUCUGAGAUCGUGGAAAUCACAUGUUGUACGGUUGCAGACGUAAAAUUUCAGUUUGACCGCGAUCUGAAAGGAGUUAUCGUUCCUCAAGAGCUACAUGUGCAAGAUUUCAGCACCAUACAGGUACUAGGGAAAUUCGAUUUGGCCCAUUCUCAACUCAAUGAAGUGCAAUUUCAAGAAACAACUAUCGAGCAUUGUCUAGAACACGGAAAAACUCCAAUCGCGGUUAGAGGUUACGUGAAAAAUGAUUUUGUCAUCUUCAAGACGAUUGGACAGAUGUCAAUGGCCAAUGGGAAUAUUGUCGAUGGACACUUCAGACUUUGCGUUCAGAUACGUGACUAUAAAAAUUCAUCGGAUUCCAAAUUAGAGAAAGGUGCAUAUGCUAUUUUCUAUGGGAAAAUUGAUAUGUCCAAACCUGGAUCAUCGUAUUUGAGUGUUGAUGGCAUGAACAAAGUCAUAAUAGAUGAAACCAAGCCGAAGAUGCCACUUGAAAAAUUGAGAUUAUCCUUUCAUAAAAUACCCACUCCAAAGCCUGACAGGGAUACUUGCAAUCCUAAACGAUCGGCAGAUGAUGAGAAGGAGAAUUCCAAUAGGAGUAUGGACACAGAGAAAAAGCUGAAAAAUGAUUGAAGGCUAUGACGAGACUUGGGAAAAAUCCUUAGACUCCAUAACAAAAUCUCUUUUCACAUUCGUUUUUAUCUCGAGAGUUCCAACCCCUUGAUCUCUUUCAUUUAACCUCAUUCAUACCUUAUUGAUACACAAUAGCUUUCUCAGUUUGCAACGGGGGAUGGUCAAUCCUUUUUCAUUCUACACAUGGAGUCAAGACUGUGCCAGUGAUAAUUAGAAUAUAAUUAUUUUUUUUAGCACAAAAUCCCAAUUGGGAUUUGACUAAUUAAGAAUCGAUCUGAUACGAUUCCCAGUGAGGAGUAUUUUUUUUUUACUUUCAAUAUUUGAUUGUAAUAAGUAAUAUAACAACGUAUAGAAGUAAAGCAACGAUGAAGUUAGAAGCAAAAAUUGAUACAAAUAAUAACUUAAUUAUGGUUAAAGUGAUGCAGCGCAAAGUUAAAUUAAACGUUACUAAUGAGAAAUGUGAUUUUUUGCAAAUAGAAUCUGGAAUGUGAUAGUAUUAUACUGAGAAAGUCAUGGUGUUCAUAUUAUAAGAUAGAUACAAGGAAAAAUUUAUAGAUAAUCUAUAUUCCAUUUAUAACAUAAUAUAAGUUCCUGUUGUAUUCUGUUUCUUGACGAAAAUGUCAUUAUUCAAUCGGUAUUGCUUAAACGAAAAAAAAGAAAGCAUCUUUUAUUCUGCAUCCUCACAAAUCGAUGACUUGAAAAUACUGAAGAGUGAUUGUUUUAACUCAGGAUUUUCAAUGUCCACAAGAUUUGAAAAUUAAGCAUAGAA